CCUCUCUUCGUCCCGAAAACCUUCCCUCGGCCUUUGUCUCAUCCAUCUUCAUCUCUCCCCUGCUUCCUUCUUUAAAUCUUCUUCCUUCCCCUCUCUGUCACGGACUCUACCCAUUAAUGCUCACUUCACCUCAAUAUACGAUCGCAUAAAAGAACAAGAAAAAAUCGAUAUAAAAAAACAAAUCCUCCAUUUCAUCGAUCAUAAACAUUCAAUAUCUCUCCCGAAUCAGCAAACUAGUUCAACAAGAAGGAGAAAGUAACAUGAAGCUCCCGUCUGUCUCCAAGAACAAUCCGAUAAAGACGGCGACAACCCUUGCGCGGUCGUCUUCCUGGCCGUGGCCCCCGUACUGCCACCAGCCCAAGACCCUCUCGUUCCGCGGGGGUGACGACCUCUUCCGCACUGUAAACUCUGCAUUCCUCGACUCACCUCCAGACCCUCCCGGCGAGAAAGUGGAUGACGGAUACACGGACGGGGAUGAGGACGACUCUAUCGAGACGGUGAUACAGGGGGCGAGGUCAGAGGGGCGUCUCUUCUUCGAGCCUGCGGGAGAGACGAGCUCGGUCCUGGCUGCAGAGUCGGAGGAGGGGCCGAGUGGGGACGAAGCGGGGGAGGAGUUGGUGGAGGGGGUGGCCAUGUGCGUGUUGGAGUCGAGGGACCCGUACAGCGACUUCAGGAAGUCGAUGGUGGAGAUGGUGGAGGCCCACGCCCUGAGGGGCAAGUGGGACUCGCUGGAGGACCUCCUCCGCUGCUACCUGAAGAUCAACGACCGGACCAACCACGCCUACAUCUUCGGCGCGUUCGUCGACUUGCUGCUCAGCUCCAGCCCCCGACGAACAAACGCAUUCACCGACACCUCCGAGCAGUGCUGUAACUGCGACAAUACUAACGACACCAGCAGCGACGGGAACAACAUCAUUAAUCCUCACUCGACGUCCUCUCCCUUCUCGCCGCUCUCAUUCUACACUUCCUCAUCGUCGUGCUGCUCCUCCACCGACUCCCUCUCCACGACCGCAUGCUGUGUUUCGGUCGUUGAGGAGGCCGAGGAAAAUAGCAGCAGCGGUGACUGUAGCACCAAGGCGGAGAAGCAAUGCCUGCCUUCGAGGUUGAAAGUCACAGAGCCUAGUCACAACAGAGAAGGGAUGAUAGUUCGUCGCCGUUAUUGUCUUCUUCAUCAGAUGUCAUCUGAGAUUCUUAGCGGAAAUUAAUGUAUGUAUGUUAGGUUCUUUUUCACAUUUUCUCAUUGCUUUGAGAGCUCAUGACAGCGAAAGUUUUGGUGAAAAUCUCUGCAGAGAUUUUGUAACUCUUUUCACGGACCGAAAAUGGAAAUCUUUUCGGUAAAUGCAAUUCAGCCUCAAUCCUACAUGUUAUAGUUGCACAA